UCACUGCGCAGGCGUGCCGGAAGUCCUUAGCGCGGCGCGUGCGCCGAGGAAACCGAAGUGGAGUUGAGGCCGUGUGGAAAGCGAUAGUGAGAGCUGCGUGUCGCCAUGGUGUCACCCGAAGCGGAGCGGGUGCUGCGGUACCUGGUCGAAGUGGAGGAACUGGCCGAGGCUGUGCUGUCGGACAAGCGGCAGAUUGUGGACCUGGACACCAAGAGGAAUCGGAACCGAGAGGGCCUGAGGGCCCUACAGAAGGACCUGAGCGUCUCCGAAGAUGUGAUGGUUUGCUUUGGGAACAUGUUCAUCAAAAUGCCUCACCCUAAGACGAAGGAAAUGAUCCAAAAAGAUCAGGAGCACCUGGAUAAAGAAAUAGAAAGGCUCCGGAAUCAACUUAAAGUGAAAGUUAACCGCCUCUUUGAAGCCCAAGGAAAACCGGAGCUGAAGGGUUUUAACCUGAACCCCCUCAACCAGGAUGAGCUUAAAGCCCUCAAGGUCAUUUUGAAAGGAUGAGACUCAAACAGCAGCAUGGGGGACCUAUACUAGGCCCCUCCAGCCUUGAGACCUGCAAGGACAGGAUUGUCUCUUUAAGGGGACAGGCAUCAAGAAUGUGGCUUCUGUACAAAAUCUUUUUCUGUAGUGCUUGGCUGCUUUGUGACAAGAGAGAACCCUUA